ACGCACCGGAAACGGUGUCAUCGGGCAAUACGUCACUCGCUCUAAGUUUUCCCGCGAUUCUGGUGUUGUCCUCGACUGGUUGUUGUGAGUCGUUUCGGGUUUUAUUUUUAUUUUUAUAUGAUUAGCCGUAAACAUCCAGAAUGACAGGCGUUUACGAGUCUCCGAAGCCCCGAAUCAACGCGUCGAUGCUGGCUCAGUACAUCGGUCGAGCGGUCUGCUUCGUUGGACGCUUAGAAAAGGUGCAUCCAUCAGGAAAGACUCUUAGUCUGUCAGAUGGAGAAGGAAAGUCUGCAUCAGUGGAGCUCAAUGAACCUCUGGAUGAAGAGCUGAGUGGGAUUGUGGAGGUUAUUGGGACGGUGUCGAACAAAGGGACCAUUAUGGCUGUUUCAUAUACUCCGUAUCGAGAGGACAAAACCUCUUUUGAUCUGGAGCUGUACAAUGAAGGCCUGAAAGUUCUCCAUGAUUUCCCCCAGUAUUACCCGUUUGAGGUGUCCUUAAGUGGUUAAACUGCACAUUUUAUUUGCCUUUUACAGUUUCUGUAUAAUUGGAUAUUUACUGUUUGUAAAAAAAUAAAAUAAAAAAAGAAUGUAAACA